GACGCGCGGGGCGAACCGUGGGACACCGGCGACGGGCGGGCGGAGGCGGGGGAUCGGGUGGCGCAGGUGACCGCUGCACGCGACGUGUCAGGUGACACACGGCAGGUGUCAGGUGACACGCGGCAGGUGUCAGGUGGCGGCAGGUGGCUGGGUCCGGUCGAGCGGCCGUCGCGACGCUCGGGUGGGAACGGCGCCUUGCAGUGCACGCCUGGUCACCCGGACCCCACGCACGUCUGAGGCCCGUCCGUCGGCGGGAGUCGGAGCGGCGAGUGGCUCAGCUCCGCGCCGGCGCGCCUGAGUGCGGGGCCGAGGAGCGGCGCCUGUUGUGACUCCCACUGACGGCUGAUUGUCUCACGCAGCGGAGAGAAUCAGACAGCUGCGUCAGGGCCCGCCCACGUCCCGUGACAGGCGAUGCAGUCAGCCAGGUGAGCGGGCAGCGGGCCCGCCAGGAAGACGCGCCCGCCGCCGCGUGUCUGGUGAGAGUGGGCGGCGGCGAGGCCGCGGUGGCGUCGCCCGCAGAGGUCGGGUCGUGGGACGAAGAGGUCACAGUCGGCCGGGGGCGACUCGGUGCCGCGUGACCUAUGACGGAGCAGCUCAUGGCCCUCCUGAGGCCCAGUGACUUCGAAAGUGACUACAUGAAGCGGAAGAUCGAUGAAGUGCUAGCCAAGGAAGCGCGCGCGAGAAACAGGAAGAGUGUUUUCGAGAAUGGCAUCAAGCAGCGGAGUUACCCUGCUGUGGUUCGGGAGGACGAGAAGGAGUACAUCGGGUUCGCGACGCUGCCGGAGCAGGUGCACCGCAAGUCGGUGAAGCGCGGCUUCGACUUCACGCUGAUGGUGGUCGGCGAGACCGGCCUCGGCAAGUCCACUCUCAUCAACAGCCUGUUCCUCACCGACCUCUACAAGGACAGGACACUCUCUGACCCCAAGGAACGGGUGAACAAGACGACCAAAAUAGAGAAGCGCACAAUGGAGAUCGAGGAGAAGGGCGUGCGUCUGCGGCUGACGGUCGUCGACACGCCAGGCUUUGGGGACGCCCUGAACUGCGAAGAGAGCUACCGGGCCUGUGAGAAGUACAUCGACGACCAGUUCAACAAGUACUUCCAGGAUGAAAGCGGUCUGAAUCGCAGGAACAUCCAGGAUAACCGGGUACACUGCUGUCUCUACUUCAUCCCGCCAUAUGGCCACGGAUUGCGGCAGUUGGACAUCGAGUUUAUGAGGCGACUCCACAAGAAAGUGAACCUGGUUCCCGUCAUAGCGAAAGCGGACGUGCUGACGAGAAAGGAGACGAAGCGGUUAAAGGAGAACAUGAUGAAGGACAUACGAGACAACCAAAUUGAGAUCUACGAGUUCCCCGAGUGCGACCCGGACGAGGACGCCGAUUUCAAGCGGCAGGACCAGGAGCUGAAGGCCAGCUUUCCGUUCGCCGUCAUCGGCUCCAACACGGUGAUCGACGUGGCUGGCCGGCGAGUGCGCGGCCGCCAGUACCCCUGGGGCGUGGUCGAGGUGGAGAACCACCAGCACUGCGACUUCGUCAAGCUGCGCACCAUGCUCAUCUCCACGCACAUGCACGACCUCAAGGACAUGACGCAGGAAGUGCAGUACGAGAACUUCCGCACCCAGUGCAUCUCGCAGAUUUCGCAGAUGGCGAUGAAGUCGCGCACCAAGCUGAAGCGGGAGUCGCAGACGUUCGGCGACACCGAGCAGAAGGACAAGAUGCUCCAGCAGAAGGACGAGGAGCUUCGUCAGAUGCAGGACAAGCUGCACCAGAUGGAGGAGAGGCUCCGGACACAUCAGUCGAUCGAUCAGAGCAGAGACAGUGUCAUCAACGUGUGAUGUGCAACGGCGGUGUGGCGGCGGGUCGUCACGCGCCAGCGCGCAGCCGGGGCACUGCCGCGCCAGAGCGCGAGCACGGCCGGCCCGUGAGCCUCACGGUGUCGCUGGCCGGCGGGGACCAAGACGGGACAGCAGCACCGUGUUGUGGCCACUGCGGCGGCGGCCCAGUCAGCGUUUUACGAAGAAAUGCGCCCAGGGGUGGCGUUGGGGCAUGGGGCGCGGAAAACUGACCUCGGCCACUAAUGAAAUUAUGCCGUGGUCAAGGAAAUACGGUACGAGUGAAGUGUUGGCGAGUGACGCAAUGAACGCGCAGCAGAGGUUUUCCCGCAGAGCGACAGUGGUGAGCGUGAAAAGGCGUGACACAAUAACAUCACGCAGACGCAUGCCGCAAGGGCGGUUGUACGGGAAAUAUCGUGUUGGAAUAAGGAGGCUAUAAUUCAGCAGAGACGUGUCGACGAUCGCUGCGUCUCGGUGCACGUGCUAGCUUCUUGCCCUGGGUCUCUGAUACUCAAAACCUACCAUUAGCCAAAAUACAACUGAAUGUCAACCAGACAAUCACGCACAUUUCGGGGAAGAACUGCCGGUAUACGCGAUGUAUGUACCUCGGUGUCAUUUAUUCGCUUUACAUGAGAACACGACGUCUUGAUUGUGAUCAUUGUGAAAAUGGACCUGUGGCUGGACGCAGACAAGUGUUUCUCUCGCUGUAGCUACCAAGCGUUAUCGUAGAUUUUUCACUAUGUGCCGGUUGAUAAAGGUGUAUUUAUCCCUGCAUUUAUUAUUCACAGCUUCCAGCUUUGUAUUUGCCUGCCAUUUCGCAAGAUCAGCUACUGUCUGUGAUUAUGCACAUUUGUACGAUUUUGUAAAGAACCGUUCAGCAUCCGCCAUUGCCACUUGCCUUCGUUGCCCGCGAAUCAGUACCGGUGCGCAUGCAUGCCGAUCCCUUUCAUUGGAGGUGGCAUGCCAUGUCUCGCGUGCUGCAUUAUUAUCAUCAGUUUCGAAAAUUUAAUGGUAAUGUGCUUUGCUCAGCAGUACAAAAAGACAAAAUAAAUGGAAUGCAAAUUA